GCACGAUCUUUAUCAGUAUAUAUUUCUUCUUGACGCCGAGCACCAUUACUCUGUCGAUAUCAUUUCUUUUUUUUUUGAAUAUUCAUUUCUGAUUCGAUUGAUAAUUUAUUAAACUUAUUUCCCUUUUGUUGUUUCUUAUCCUUUUUUUUCUUUUUCCUGUCAUUAUUAAUAUAGUUCUGUUUAUCAUCAGUAGACUCAGUAUUGGGAUAAAGUUCUAAAGAAGAUGAGAUUUUACUAAAAUUUGAAUCCGAUUCCUCCUCAGACUGUUUUGAAUUUGAAAUGUUUUCCGCGAGCGCUCGCACGUAACUUUGUAAUAAAUCAUGAUGCUGCAUAAUUGGAUUUAAGAAACCCAUAAUUUUCGAAUCGAUAGCGUUGUGCGUGUUCGUAAAUUCUGAUGCAAUUAUAUCACUCAUCAUUUGAUUUUAUAUUUUUUUUCUUGAAUUUUUCUUUUAUUUUUUAUUUUUCUUUUUUUAUAUAUAUGAUAUAUAACGAAAUUAAAUUUUUUUAAAAUCUUUUUUUAACUUUUUAAUAAAUUUAUAAAAUAAAAUAUAAAAAAAAAAUUAAUGCUGAAUGAAAAAAUAAAAAGAAAAAUUUAUAUUUUUAAUAUACUUUUGUAUAUAUUUUUUUAAUUUAUUUAUUUUCUUUUUUCAAAAAAUAUUUUAUUAUUAUUUUAUUAUUAAAAAGUAUUUAACUAUUAUUUAUAUAUAUAUAUAUUAUAUAUGAAUUAUUAUUUAGAAAAUAUUUAAAAAUAUCACUGGAAUUGUUUGAACUUUUUUUAUAAAUUGUAAUUAAAUGAAUAUACUUGAUAUAUUUACGAUAAAAAAAUAAGAAACUAGUUUCGUGUAUUGCGUGUGGAAUAGACGUGUGGUUAUCGACACCUUUGCGAAGACGUUUUGUUUCCUUAGAAACAAUCAACAAUACGGGCAAAUUCAACAUACGAAAAUUUCUAAUCGUAUAUAUAUAAAAGAAUUUCAGGCAAUUUUAGUACUUGUCAGAAAUCAUUUAGUUUAGCUGUCGACAUUCGAAAAUUUCUUCGAUAGAAAUUGAUUCUUAAUUUAUGGAAAAGAAGAUAUAUAAAGAUAAAGUGAAUAAAAUUAAAAGAGAAAAUAAAGAAGAGGAGAAUAAAAAAGAUGAUGAAAAAAAAGAAGCACAAAAAAAAUUUAAAAAACCAGCUGAAGAUGUGACAGUAUUUACUUCUGCCAUCGAUCCUUAUGAUGCUCCUUUACAAUGGUGGGAAACCGAACAUAUAAGAUAUGCAAUAAAUUAUCCACCAGUUAAAUUUCGAUUAGAGAAAGUGAUGGGAAGUCAUAUUGUACGAUUAACUGAUCGCAAAUAUAUGAUACUUCUUAUGGCUAAACUUUAUGAAGAUCACGUAGAACAACAAAAUAUUCGUAUCGAGAAGAGAAAGUUACCAUUGCCAUCGAUGAUGUCUCGAUUAUUAGAAAUUUCUUAUAAAACACUUUUUGAAAAGAUGCAAGAAUCUGGAUAUGAUAAAUUAAAACUUUAUGAAUAAAAAACAAUUAUAGUUAAUAUUUGUGUAAUGUGAUAAAAUUAAAUAUAAUAUGUUAUAUAAUAAAUAUUAGAAAUAUUAAUUAUGCUGAUAUAUUUUUGUUUUUAUUAUAUAUAUUAUAUAAAAUUUUCUUAUUAUUUAUAUUUUUUAUUUAUAUUAUUUAUAAAAUUGUUAUUUUCUUAUUACAUAAAAUUUUAUUUAUAUCAUAUUAUUACAUAAUGGGAAAUAAAAUAAUUAAAUAUUGUAAAUAUUGUAAAUAUUUAAUUAUUUUAUUUAUAUCUACACAUAUCAAUCAAAAAUUUUAUGAUUCCAGAAUACAGAUUGUUUUCACGAAUCAUAUAAACUAGAAGAAAUUUUAAUUUUAGAUUCAGGAACAUAUUUAUAUUCAUGAUUAGACCAUCCAAGUGUUGCCAAAUGAUUACUAAAAAUUAAAGAUGUUUUACAUUAAAAAAUUAUUAAUAAUGUUCAUUUGUUUAUAUAUAAAUAUGAUAUAUAUAUAUUAAAAAUAAAUUUAAAAUUUAAAUUUA